GAGCAAAAACAGCUCUCACCGCAUCCCGGGAAGCGUGGACAACGCUCUGAGGUAGUUUGGCCGAUUAGGCACGCCGUAAGUCGCGAUGCAUGCUGGGUCUUGGCAAUAUGGCGUCCUCCUUGAUGUGCUGAUGAGAGGAGUUUCACUGUAGCUUCAAACCAGAGGGCAAAACUCCCCAAACCCAGUAACCCCACAUUACCCGUUUUCUCCGCGGCUCCGUGUCGCCUGUUUCCCAGGACUCGUUUUCGGGCAGGAGAGCGCCACGGGGCCGAAGGUCAGGGCCGGCCGGGCCGCGCGGCCCCGGGGCUAGGGAGCCGGCUGCGGGCGAGCACGAUGGGCCGAUCCUGGCUCUGGUUGCAGCAGCUGCGGCGAGCGCGGGACCCGCAGGGCUGAGAGUGGCAGGAGGAGACCCGAGGCGCUCUGAACCUCUUCCCUUCGGCCGGAGACCUCAGCCCAGGCGGCGAACCGGCACCGAGAGCGGGCGGCCUGCCUGUCCUCGGAUCGGCUGAGGCGUUGGAGGCCGAGAGCAGGGUCAUCGUGAGGCCUCGAGUCCCGCACGCCUUUGACAGCUCGGCCCGCAGCCCCUCCGGGAACGGACGGCCUCCGGAGCAGCCAGGGGCUUGGGACCUGGGGCCGCGUGCGUCUGAGCGGACGGAGCUCCUCGGGCUGCCCGGUUCCCCCCCGGCUCUUCCCACCCCCUCCGACUUCCCGCUCAGAGUUCGGAAGAAGGACCUCGGCAGACUUUUUGCCCGAGUGACGGUCCCCGCACACUCGCCAUCCAUUUCUCUUUCUACUCCCCCUUUUCCUAUUUCUUAUUUCACCCGUUCUGGUGCACCCUAGUUUUUAAGGCUGGAGGUUCUUGAGCGCUUGCUGCCAAGGACUCCCCCACCCCCACCCCCCCUGAUGGAGUCCGAGAUGCUGCAGUCGCCUCUUCUGGGGCUCGGGGAGGAAGACGAGGCCGACCUUACAGACUGGAACCUGCCUUUGGCUUUUAUGAAAAAGAGGCACUGUGAGAAAAUCGAAGGCUCCAAAUCCUUAGCUCAGAGCUGGAGGAUGAAAGAUCGGAUGAAGACCGUCAGCGUCGCCUUGGUCCUGUGCCUGAACGUCGGCGUGGACCCUCCGGAUGUGGUGAAGACCACCCCCUGCGCGCGUCUGGAGUGCUGGAUCGAUCCUCUGUCGAUGGGCCCACAGAAGGCUCUGGAAACCAUCGGAGCGAACUUGCAGAAGCAGUACGAGAACUGGCAGCCGCGGGCCCGGUACAAGCAGAGCCUCGAUCCGACCGUGGACGAAGUGAAGAAGCUGUGCACGUCCCUGCGCCGGAAUGCCAAGGAGGAGCGGGUCCUCUUCCACUACAACGGCCACGGGGUGCCCCGGCCCACCGUCAACGGGGAGAUCUGGGUCUUCAACAAGAACUACACCCAGUACAUCCCUCUGUCUGUCUACGACCUGCAGACGUGGAUGGGCAGCCCGUCCAUAUUCGUCUACGACUGCUCCAACGCCGGCCUCAUCGUCAAGUCCUUCAAGCAGUUCGCCUUGCAGAGGGAGCAGGAGCUGGAGGUCGCCGCCAUCAACCCGAACCACCCCCUCGCACAGGUGCCGCUGCCCCCGUCCAUGAAGAACUGCAUCCAGCUGGCGGCCUGCGAGGCCAGCGAGCUGCUGCCCAUGAUCCCCGACCUGCCGGCCGACCUGUUCACCUCGUGCCUCACCACCCCUAUCAAGACCGCCCUGCGCUGGUUUUGCAUGCAGAAGUGCGUUAGCCUGGUGCCUGGAGUCACCCUGGAUUUGAUAGAAAAGAUCCCCGGCCGGCUGAACGAUAGGCGGACACCACUGGGCGAGCUGAACUGGAUCUUCACGGCCAUCACGGACACCAUCGCCUGGAACGUGCUCCCUCGGGAUCUCUUCCAAAAGCUCUUCAGACAGGACCUGUUGGUGGCUAGUCUGUUUCGAAAUUUUCUGUUGGCAGAGAGGGUCAUGAGGUCGUGUAACUGCACCCCGGUCAGCAGCCCACGCCUGCCCCCCACCUAUAUGCACGCCAUGUGGCAAGCCUGGGACCUCGCUGUGGACAUCUGUCUCUCCCAGCUGCCCACGAUCAUCGAGGAAGGCACCGCGUUCCGGCACAGCCCGUUCUUCGCCGAGCAGCUGACGGCGUUCCAGGUGUGGCUGACGAUGGGCGUGGAGAACAGGAGCCCCCCCGAGCAGCUGCCCAUCGUCCUGCAGGUGUUGCUGAGCCAGGUGCAUCGGCUGAGAGCCCUGGACCUUCUCGGGAGGUUCCUGGACCUGGGCCCCUGGGCGGUGAGCCUGGCCCUGUCCGUGGGCAUCUUCCCCUACGUGCUGAAGCUGCUGCAGAGCUCGGCCCGGGAGCUGCGGCCCCUGCUCGUCUUCAUAUGGGCCAAGAUCCUCGCCGUGGACAGCUCGUGCCAAGCUGACCUGGUGAAGGACAACGGUCACAAGUACUUCCUUUCGGUCUUGGCAGACCCCUACAUGCCCGCUGAGCACAGGACCAUGACGGCGUUCAUCUUGGCCGUGAUCGUCAACAACUACAACACAGGGCAGGAAGCCUGCCUCCAGGGGAACCUGAUUGCCAUCUGCCUGGAGCAGCUCAGCGACCCCCACCCCUUGCUGCGCCAGUGGGUGGCCAUCUGCUUGGGGCGGGUCUGGCAGAACUUUGACCCGGCCCGGUGGUGUGGGGUGAGGGACAGCGCUCACGAGAAGCUCUGCAGCCUCCUCUCAGACCCCAUUCCCGAGGUGCGCUGCGCGGCGGUCUUCGCCCUCGGCACGUUCGUGGGCAACUCCGCGGAGAGGACCGACCACUCCACCACCAUCGACCACAACGUGGCCAUGAUGCUGGCCCAGCUGAUCAACGACGGCAGCCCCGUGGUCCGCAAGGAGCUGGUGGUGGCCCUGAGUCAUCUUGUAGUCCAGUACGAAAGCAAUUUCUGCACGGUGGCCUUGCAGUUCAUGGAGGAGGAGAAGAACUACCCCCUGCCCUCGCCGGCCACCACAGAGGGCGGGAGCCUGACCCCCGUGCGGGACAGCCCCUGCACCCCCAGACUGCGCUCCGUGAGCUCCUAUGGGAACAUCCGUGCCGUCACCACCGCCAGGAACCUGAACAAGUCUCUGCAGAACCUGAGCCUGACAGAAGAACCCGGCGGCUCGGCGGCAUUCUCUCCUGGGAACCUGAGCACCAGCAGCAGCGCCAGCAGCACGCUGGGCAGCCCGGAGAAUGAGGAGCACAUCCUGUCCUUCGAGACGGUGGACAAGAUGCGCCGCGUCAGCUCCUACUCGGCCCUCAACUCCCUCAUAGGGGUGUCGUUCAACAGCGUCUACACCCAGAUCUGGAGGGUCUUGCUGCACCUGGCCGCUGACCCCUACCCGGACGUGUCUGACCUGGCCAUGAAGGUGCUCAACAGCAUCGCCUACAAGGCCACCGUGAACGCACGGCCUCAGCGCAUCCUCACCGCGUCCUCGCUCACCCAGUCGGCGCCUGCCAGUCCCACCAACAAGGGCGUCCACAUCCACCAGGCGGGAGGCUCCCCACCCACGUCCAGCGCGAGCAGCUCCAGCCUGACCAACGACGUGGCCAAGCAGCCGGUCAGCCGAGACCUGCCCCCCAGCCGGCCAGGUGCUACUGGCCCCGUGGGGACCCAGUACACCCCGCAUUCCCACCAGUUCCCCCGCACGCGGAAGAUGUUCGACAAGGGCCCGGACCAGACGACGGACGACCCGGACGACGCCGCCGGACACAAGGGCUUCAUCUCGGCCACGAUGCAGACGGGCUUCUGCGACUGGAGCGCCCGGUACUUUGCCCAGCCCGUCAUGAAGAUCCCGGAGGAGCACGACCUGGAGAGUCAGAUCCUCAAGGAGCGCGAGUGGCGGUUCCUGCGUAACGCCCGCGUGCGGAGGCAGGCGCGGCGGCUCAUCCAGAAGGGCAUCACAAGACUGGACGACCAGAUAUUUCUGAACAGGAACCCGGGCGUCCCCUCCGUGGUCAAGUUCCACCCCUUCACUCCGUGCGUGGCCGUUGCCGAUAAAGACAGCAUCUGUUUCUGGGACUGGGAGAAGGGGGAGAAGCUGGAUUACUUCCACAACGGAAACCCCCGGUACACACGGGUCACCGCCAUGGAGUACCUCAACGGCCAGGACUGCUCCCUCCUGCUCACGGCCACGGACGACGGUGCCAUCCGGGUCUGGAAGAACUUCGCCGAUCUGGAGAAGAACCCAGAGAUGGUGACCGCUUGGCAGGGGCUCUCAGACAUGCUGCCCACAACCCGGGGAGCUGGCAUGGUGGUGGACUGGGAGCAGGAGACCGGGCUCCUCAUGAGCUCAGGGGACGUGCGGAUCGUCCGGAUCUGGGACACGGAACGCGAGAUGAAGGUGCAGGAUAUCCCCACGGGCGCCGACAGCUGCGUGACAAGCCUGUCCUGUGACUCCCACCGCUCCCUCAUCGUGGCCGGCCUCGGCGACGGCUCCAUCCGCGUCUACGACAGGAGGAUGGCGCUCAGCGAAUGCCGCGUCAUGACGUACCGGGAGCACACGGCCUGGGUGGUGAAGGUCUGCCUGCAGAAGCACCCCGAGGGCCACAUCGUGAGCGUGAGCGUCAACGGAGACGUCCGCUUCUUCGACCCGCGGAUGCCGGAGUCUGUGAAUGUCCUUCAGAUCGUGAAGGGGCUCACGGCCCUGGACAUCCACCCCCAGGCCAGCCUGAUUGCCUGCGGCUCCAUGAAUCAGUUCACCGCCAUCUACAACGGGGACGGGGACCUGAUCAACAACAUCAAGUACUACGACGGCUUCAUGGGCCAGCGGGUCGGCGCCAUCAGCUGCCUGGCCUUCCACCCACACUGGCCGCACCUGGCCGUGGGCAGCAACGACUACUACAUCUCCGUGUACUCGGUGGAGAAGCGCGUCAGAUAGCGCGCCUGUCCCCGCUGGCCACGUGUGCACAGGGGAGCCGCCUCUGCCCGUCCACACCGGUCCUGACCUGGCUGCUGAGGAUGCACAGAGGGCCCCGCACUGUCUGUCUGUCUGUCUUGGCCGUCACGCCCAGGAGCGUGGGAAAGGGCACUGGCGUGUCCCGUGGCGUGACGGUUGCUUCUCUGCUGACACCAGCUUCCAGGCCGAGGACGCAGCCACCAUCCGUCCCGUACGUUCCCCGUGCUGUUCCUCUCCUGAGUUUUAAAGGGAGGGACGCACCCCUCUCACCUUGCGAGUGGUCCACGCGUGAGCCCCGCGAAAGCUUGGACACGGACGCCGGCUCCCCCAGCGCUCGGCCACACGGCAGGGCCCUGGGCCGCCCGAGCCCGGGCCACGUCCUCCUGCGUGUGUGCUGGGGGAGGCUGGGGCUUCGAGACGGAGCACGGAGCGGACAGGGGAGCCAGCACCCAGGCCUCCCGCACGGGGGUGGCCCUGGACCCGGGCCUGCGCCCCCUCACCACAGGUCCACUAGCAGGAGGGGCCUGCGGCUUCGGACAGCGAGACAGGUCCCUGGCAGCUCAGCCACAGUCUGAGGCCACCGGGCUGGUCUCUGCUGGGCAGGCACAGUGACAGCCACCCAGGCCCCAGGAUCUCCUUGUGUGUCCGCACACGCGUGCGGCCCUUCGGCUUCUCGCCUGUGCUUGCACACGCGUCACACCCACCGCACACACGCGUCGCCAGCCCAUCCCCGCACGCCGGCGCCCGAGGCCCCAUCUCGCCGUGGGUCAUGCAGAAAGGUUCCUGGCGAGCUGCAGCACACAUCUGGGCACCGGUGUGUGUCCCACGUGGGUGUGUGCAGACGUGGGCCUCUGCGUGUCGAGUGCAGGGCUGAGCAGCCGUGGGGACAGCUUGGCCCCAGGAAGGACCAAGGGAGUGUGCUGAGCAGUCACAGACCCACAGCGCUCGGAAAGCAAAACACAAUCACAGUGAUGAUGUUUGAAAAGCAUUUUUUCCAUUUUCUUUGGGAAUCAGGAUCAUUCAGAAUAGAGGAGGGAGGUGGCUCAGCGUGGGGACAGUCAGGCCGGGACGGAAGCUCGGGUUCCCUUGUGGUGCAGACGACGGUGCUGCCUCGGCCAGGGCUGGACGGGGCAGGGCGCGGGGGGCGUCCCAUGCUGCCUGUGGCACCUGCGUGCUCCCACGGGAGCAGCUCCUGGGACGGGUUCCCGCCCCGCGCUCUGGCGGCUCCGGGUGUCCUGGGUCAGAGGGCCGUGUGGGGUCGGCAAGUCUGCUCUCCUGCAUGGUGCCCGUCAGUUCCACGAGGCUCGAGGCGGUGACCUGGAGCCUUCUGGAAGCUGAGCUCCACCCACAGACGCCGAGAGCGUCCAAGCCUCAGAGCAGUUCCGCCCGGAUUCGAGGCCCACACGCGGUUCCGUCUGUCCAGACAAAACCAUCGCUGGCACAGUGGGCCAUCUUCACGGGUCUGAUCGGGAAACUCAAUCAUGAAGUUGACCAGGGCUCGCAAGCCCGCCCAGAAGGGUCACGUAUCUCUAUUUAUUUUACCAAAAUGAGAAUUGAAAAGACUCUGACAAAACGUGGGAUUGUAAUGUAACGUGGACAUGAGAGCAGUGACAGACAAUAAAUUGUGACUAAAAACACGUGCAGA